UGGGCUGCAGUGACAGUCGGCGGCGGAGCGGCCAGGCCAGCAGAGGAGAAUUCAGCUUAGAGAACCACAAACACAGGAGAAUGCAAGCCCACGAGUUAUUCCGGUAUUUUCGAAUGCCAGAGCUGGUUGACUUCCGACAGUACGUUCGCACUCUUCCAACCAACACUCUCAUGGGCUUCGGAGCUUUUGCAGCACUCACCACGUUCUGGUACGCCACAAGACCCAAAGCCCUGAAGCCGCCAUGUGACCUCUCCAUGCAGUCGGUGGAGGUGGCGGGUAGUGAUGGUGCCCGAAGAUCCGCGCUACUUGAUAGUGAUGAGCCCUUGGUAUAUUUCUAUGAUGAUGUCAGAACAUUAUAUGAAAUCUUCCAGAGGGGUAUACAGGUGUCAAACAACGGACCUUGCUUAGGCUCUCGGAAACCAGACCAACCCUACGAAUGGCUUUCAUACAAAGAGGUUGCAGAAUUGUCAGAAUGUGUGGGCUCAGCACUGAUCCACAAAGGCUUCAAGGCCUCCUCAGAUCACUUCAUUGGCAUCUUUGCUCAAAACAGACCUGAGUGGGUGAUUAUUGAACAGGGAUGCUUUGCUUAUUCCAUGGUGGUGGUUCCACUUUAUGAUACCCUUGGAACAGAGGCGAUCACAUACAUAAUCAACAAAGCUGAACUCUCUCUGGUUUUUGUUGACAAAGCAGAGAAGGCAGAACUCUUAUUAGAUGGUGUAGAGAAUAAGUUAAUACCAUGCCUUAAAACGAUAGUUCUCAUGGAUGCCUAUGGCAGUGAUCUGGUAGAACAUGGCAAGAAGUGUGGGGUGGAAAUCAUCAGCAUGAAGGCAUUUCAGAACCUGGGAAGAGCCAACCGACAGAAGCCCAAACCUCCAACACCUGAAGAUCUUGCAAUAAUCUGUUUCACAAGUGGAACUACAGGCAACCCCAAAGGAGCAAUGAUCACCCAUCAAAACGUGGUGAGCGAUUGCUCAGCUUUUGUGAAAAUGACACAGAAUAUAGUCAAUCCUUGCCCAGAUGACACUUUGAUUUCUUUCUUGCCUCUGGCCCAUAUGUUUGAGACAGUUGUAGAGUCUGUCAUGCUGUGUCAUGGAGCGAAAAUAGGAUUUUUCCAAGGAGAUAUCAGGCUGCUUAUGGAUGACCUCAAGGUGCUUCAGCCUACUAUUUUCCCUGUAGUUCCCAGACUGCUGAACCGGAUGUUCGACCGAAUUUUUGGACAAGCAAACACCACACUGAAACGGUGGCUGUUAGACUUUGCCUACAAGAGGAAAGAAGCAGAGCUUCGCAGUGGCAUCAUUAGAAACAAUAGCCUGUGGGAUAAACUCAUCUUCCACAAAAUACAGUCAAGUCUGGGAGGAAAAGUCCGAUUGAUGAUCACAGGAGCUGCGCCAGUGUCUUCCACAGUGCUAACGUUUCUAAGAGCUGCGCUUGGCUGUCAGUUUUAUGAAGGCUAUGGACAGACAGAGUGCACUGCUGGUUGCUGCCUGACUAUGCCUGGAGACUGGACAGCAGGCCAUGUUGGUUCUCCAAUGCCUUGCAGUCAUAUUAAACUUGUUGAUGUAGAAGAAAUGAAUUACAUGGCUGCCAAGGGUGAGGGUGAGGUGUGUGUGAAAGGGCCAACUGUAUUUAAGGGCUACUUGAAGGACCCAGCAAAAACAGCAGAAGUUUUGGAUAAAGAUGGUUGGUUGCACACAGGAGAUAUUGGAAAAUGGUUACCAAAUGGCACCUUGAAGAUUAUCGACAGAAAAAAGCACAUAUUUAAACUGGCUCAAGGAGAAUACAUAGCCCCUGAAAAAAUUGAAAAUAUCUACAUACGAAGUGAACCUGUUGCUCAGGUGUUUGUCCACGGAGAGAGCUUGCAGUCAUUUCUCAUAGCAAUUGUGGUACCAGAUGCUGAAACUUUAUGUUCCUGGGCCCAAAAGAAGGGAUUUGAAGGAUCCUUUGAUGAACUGUGCAGAAAUAAGGAUGUCAAAAAAGCUAUCUUAGAAGACAUGGUGAGACUUGGGAAGGAUGCUGGUCUAAAACCGUUUGAACAGAUCAAAGGCAUUUUCCUACACCUUGAAUUAUUUUCUAUUGACAACGGCCUUCUGACUCCUACAAUGAAGGCUAAAAGAUCAGAGUUACGGAAUUAUUUCCGGUCUCAGAUAGAGGAACUUUAUUCUACCAUCAAGGCCUAACGUGAAGAAGAAAGCUUGGGGAAGAGAAAAAAAAAAUACACACACACAUACACACACUACUCCACGAUCUCUUCUGCUGAUGAUGGCCUCUGGUUAGUAAUUUUGACUACAGCAAGCAUAGGGAAGGAAACAUUAAUAUUUUUUACUUGUCCACUCGGGGUUCUUGUCAUAGGAGUAUUAGAGGAAAUGGAACACUGCCUUAUUGUCACCUCGUGUUGCAGACCAUAUUUAUAAUGAUAAACAAUUUCCAAAAUGAGCCUUAAAAAUUGUAAAGGGAAAAUUAUAAAUGUACUAAGUUAUUUGAGACUUGCUCAGUUAAAAAGGUGGGUGUUAAAACUUCUGUCUCUGUUUUUCUAACCAAGGGGUUAGGACUUUGCUGUUUCUGAGAUGUGUGUUACUUGCUGCAGAUUCUGCAGUUGUCUGCUGCUCUAAAGAGUACAGUGCACUGGAGGGAAACUGUCAUUUAAGAACAAGAACAGUUUUCCAGGCUGGAGAAUGUCA